AUGCCCUUAGCAAAUAGUGCUUCCACAUUUAUGAUCUACCAUUGCAUUUUUGGCUUCACCAUUCCCACAGCCAUGACGCUGGUCCAGGUGCGAUUUCCAGACCAAAAUCUCUUCCACGCAAACCCUAUACUCAUGCUGCUUAUGCUGUGUAGCGUCGUUACCUAUUCCUUGGCCUUCAGCCUCGAGCUGCUUCUCCUCAGUCUUAGGGUCAAUGUCAGAGCCACUCCUCAUGUUCGCAAUUGGUCCAUUGCGUCCGGCUCAGUCUCACUUGCUUCAGUCUUGGGCCUUCUCUUGUCUCCACCCUCUUCCUGGCCCUGGCUGCCUCUGCUUCUCUGCUUCUUGCUGCUCACUCUGCUCGCUUUCGCCCUCAAACUGGUUCCUCUUGUGCAUCAACUCCUUUCUCGGUUCAGCCGCGCCACCGCAGCAGCCGCCGCUUGA